UACGCCGGUGACACGUGAUUGUAAGGAAACUGGCCGCCCUUCGUGACGUUUAAAAACUGUCGGUGGACCAUGGCACCGGAGUAUUGUCAGGGUGUAGAAGCUCUCUGUGAUACAGUGUAGAUCAUGCAGUUGACAGUGUAUUUUUGAGGAAUGUCUGUCAUUUUCGAUUUAGCUUUUUAUGCGUACGAUGGUAAUGCGGAGCUUUGAGGAAUACGGCAGGGUAUCCAGAUGCUGCCGUCCUCAGCGUAAUUCAAAGAAAAUGCAGCAGAGAAAGACGUCGUAUCCGGAGCUUUAAGUUGAAAUGAAAUAUUCACUUCCAACUUUUUAUUUUUUGUUACCGUGUUCCUAUGCUUUGUACAUACUCCCUGCUCCUCUCAAUGUGUCCGUCAACUCACUUGACUUCCACCACAACCUCCGAUGGGUUCCGGGCCCUGAAACGCCUCAGGGAACCAGCUAUAUGAUGUGCAGGCAGCAGGGGAAAAGCAAAUGCAAACCUGUGAAUUUGGAGCCAUACACCACAGAUACUCUGUACGUUUUGAAAUUGGAGCCGUUCCCCACAUAUACUCUGUCUGUUUGGGCAGUAUACAAUCAAACAAAGUCCAAGAAAGCCCAGACUGUUUUCACUCCCUUUACAGAUACUGUCAUCAGUCCUCCAAAUUUUACUUUGACCGGAUGUGGAAACUGUACUGGCCUUGAACUUGAGAUCUCUCCUCAGCCUCUCCCAGAUAUGGGACAUAAAUUUAAGAAUAAAACUAUUCAGGACUUGUAUGGAGGGCAAUACUCCGUAUUAUGGAAGAAAGCUGGAGACACAAAGAUUAUGAAUGAUGUAGAAAUCUCCAAAUUGAAGCUUGAACUAAAGGACUUGGAACCAGGUGUGAAAUAUUGUGUACAGGUGCGCCUGGUCACUAAUAGCAAUCCCAAAACACGUCCCUCGAAGUGGGCAUGUGCUUAUACCAGUGUGAGGCAGAGCCACGUGCCAGCUAUUCUCUCGGGGGUUACACUGACCAGUGUUACCCUUGCCAGUGUAACCUUACUGGUCCUGGGGUUUGGUCUGGUGUACACCGGCUUCUUGUGUAAGCUGAAGGCCCAUCUACCCAGAGCACUCCUGGCUACGCUAGUCCAUUACUACAUCCUCACCCCAGAGAGGACGAUCCCAGACCUGGUCUCCAUCGACUCGCCGCCACAGGAACUGGUGAAGGGCAUCAGGACAAAACCGGACCCAGCCAGAACCAACCCAGACCUAACUACCUCAGAUGAAGAGGAAGAAGAGGAGGAGGACAAUAGUAACCAUGGCUACAUGGAUCGGCCUGUUGGGUUCCGCUCAGACUCAAACUCCGGUAGAGAAUCCCAGGAUGCGUCAGGAGGGGAAGGUGUGCCCCUUCCCGAUGUUGCAAGGGAUUCUGGGGGCUUGAGUCCUGAUGUAGAGGAGGUGUCUGUAGGUGGGGCAGCGCUCAGAAGUUUCACUGAGACUGAGGUCAAAGAUUAUUCGGUGAGGGCCUUUCUCUGCCUCGAGCAUUUAGCCACAACAACACAACAUGACAUGGGGGGGGAGGACAGGGAGGGAGACAAAUUGGAGGAGGCGGAAAUGUCUGGCGACGUCAAUCUGUUCUCCGUGACUCUGGGGACAAUAGCGAUAGAUAAAGAAGAGGAGGAGGAGGUGAAUCAAACAACUUCUCCUGUGGACAAUCUGUUAUCAAAGCAGCAGCCUUUGCUUGCAGAUGUCAGAAUAAAUGCAAGUCUAGACAAUAUGGGAUCCCAGAAUGAGAUGCAGAUACACUGCCCGUGGACGUCCUCUGAAUAUGAUCGACGGGACAGGCGCUCUGGGUACCUUGCUUCUCACACAGGAAGAAUGCAGACAGGUAGUGAUGAUGAUGAGGAAGAGGAGGAAUGUUCAGGUUACAUGGGGCGUUGAAAUGUGUAUCACAUAAUCCAUCCACCAUACGGAGAAAGCUCUGUUAUACAUUCCUGUAUUAAGUUGUUAAGAAUUUUUUUUUUUUUUUUCAACUGUAGACGCAAAUGCUUGUCUGGGGUGGGUUGACAGUGACACUGUCAAUGUGUGAGUGGGGGGGGGGGGGGGGGGGGAGCAGUGCCAGUGUUCAAACUUUUCAAUAAUGGUGCUGUUUAAAAUAAAUGCAUUUAUUAAACAGUCAAUAAAUAAUGAA